CCCAAAUUGUCCUGUAUUGUAGGAGAAGGACCGUUCCCUGCCGUGUUGGAUUUAUACACAUUUGGUGGUGGUCUUUCUGAGAAAAGGGCCUCCCUGUUAGCCAGCAGAGGGUUUCUGGUUCUGACUGUGUCUCUGUAUGGCCAUGAUGACCAACCAAAGAACAUCAAGGAAAUCUACCUGGAUUAUUUUGAAGAAGCAAUCAACUUUUUAAGAAAACAAGAAAAGGUGGGCAGUAAAGGAGUUGGUAUAAUAUCUCUUUCAAAAAGUGGAGAUCUUGCUCUAUCAGCAGCCUCUUUCCUGCCAAACGUUGAGGCUGUUGUAUGGAUCAGUGGCUGCUCUGCUAAUACAGUUUUACCCCUCUACUAUAAGAAGAAACUAAUUCUUCCUGCAUUAAUGUUUGAUCCAAUGAAAUGGAUUUCUACUGAGUCAGGGGCCAUCAUAUCCAAGGAUGACCUCAACUGGGACAGCAAGGCCUACAUGGACAAGAUGGUGGAGAGACUGAAGCAUCAUGGGAAGGACAACUUUGAGACACUGAGUUACCCAGGAGCAGGACACUAUUUAGAGCAGCCUUAUGGACCAUACUGCCCCUCCAGCUUCCAUGGAGUUGCAGGCAAGCCAGUCCUGUGGGGGGGUGAGCCCGCUACCCAUGCAGCAGCCGAGGUCCACCUGUGGAAGAAGAUCCAGGAGUUCUUCAGAACUCACGUAAGCUGUGAUACUGCUCAGGCUAAAGCCAAGUUGUAAAUUCGAAUUGGAUGAUAGAAAAGCUAAAGAUCAGGGAAACUGACAUUGGUUGCUAAUGAACUGCAUAGUUACACCGAUCUGGCCUUAUAAAACUCUUGUGGGUUUUCCCAGAGUGCAAUAGUCCAAAGCAAGACAUUCACAGUGAGCCAGCAAUAAGGUUAUAGAUAUUGAAUUCACAAUCAUUACAUUAUCAUAUGAAUGUAAUUAUUAGACUUGAAUCCAGCUUCUGCUAAUUGUAGUAAUUUACCUGUAUAAAAAGAGC